CGUUCUCGUGUCAUAUUACCCACAUCGCGUCCGCAGAAGUGGGCCACACACGUGCAGCGAGCUGAAUCCAUCGCGCAGCAGUCGCUGUUAGAAGUUCAACGCCUCUCGCUGCCUAGAUUUGGGUGUCAUCAUGACUGGCCCAGCUACCCAGUUAUUCGCGGCGCGCGACGCGGCGCGCGAACGCUGAGCCCGUGAUGCCGACGACGCAAACCGCAAUAAUAGCGCUGGCCGCAGCGGCCGCGGCGGCCCUCCUCUGGCGCCGCCGCCGCCGCCGCGUGCCGCCGCCCGGCCCGCAACAACCACCACUCGUCCUCGACGCGCGCAUGCUCGACCGCGUGCUUUCAUCAAUCGAGGAGGAGAUCCUGCCACAAACAAAGACGGAGCUCGCGAAGGGUAACAAAAUGUUCGGCGCCGCCGUCCUCGACGCGUUUUCUGGGGACACGGUUGUGGCGGCCACGAACCUGGAAACGGCCUGCCCGAUCCACCACGGCGAGGUCGUAGCUAUAGAAAAAUGGUCAGAACUCAAAAAGCGGCCGCGGGCGUCGGAGUGUCUGUUUGUUGCGACGCACGAGCCCUGCUGUUUGUGCGUGAGCGCGAUUGUGUGGUCUGGCUUCGAGCGGUGCGUGUUCCUGUUCCCCUACGAGACGACGAAGCGCCAGGGCAUCCCCCACGAUCUCAAUAUUAUGUACGAGCUGUGGCGCGUCGAGCGCUACCAGCGGCGCAACAGAUAUCUGGCGACGAGCGGCGUUUCUACUCUGAUCGCCGCGCUGCCGCCGAGUUCAGAACGGGCCGACCUCGAGGCGCGCGUCGCGCGCCUGGCGGCGGCCUACGACGCGCUCGCCGAUUCCUAUAAAAAGGGCCCGCGCCCGGACGUCGCGUUCGCCUGACAAUUCAUCUCACCCGCCGGGCGCGGCGCCCGGCCAAUUCGAAAGAGGUUUUGUACAUACGACCCCCGCAAUUCACACCAAAUUCACAGAAAACGCCGACACAUAGACACGUGACCAGCUG